AGCGAAAAAAUGGCGGCGCAGGGUAAGAAAAAGAUGAAGGGAAAGACUGUCAAUUUGACAGAGUUUCUUUCCGAUGACAAAGGAGGAAGCCCCGCUCCUACAUUCUCCUCCAAUAAAAUUGAUUGGGCAGCGGAAAUGGACUCCAAUGAUUUAGAGGACUUGGAUAUAGACAUGCAUAGAUCAAUGAUUGACCGAUCAAAGUUGCCGACUGCCCCCAAAGCAGCACGGGGUCCUGAUAUAGAUCUCAGUCGAGUCCCCACUCAGCCCCCCUACACAGCCUUCAUUGGAAACCUGCCCUAUGAAACAGUCGAAGAGCACAUUGAAAAUUUCUUCAAAAACCUCAAGGUGGUAAAUGUGAGAUUGCCCACAGACCAGGGAAGACUGAGAGGGUUUGGAUAUGUGGAGUUUGAGGACAGACAAUCAUUGAUCGAUGCCCUGGGAAUGAAUGACGAGAUGAUGGGGGGAAGGAAAAUGCGAGUUGACUUGGCAGGACAGUCUCAAAAUGAAAAUCAGAAGAGUGGCUUUGGAGACAGAAGAAAUGAGGGACCUGACAGGACAGACUCUGACUGGAGAAGGGGACCCCCACCAGACUCAGAUUUUGACAGGAAUGACAGAUACCAGGACAGAAGAGGUGGCGGUGAUAGAUGGGGAGGAGGAAGAGGUUUUGAGGAUAGAGGCCCAUCAAGAGGAUUUGAUAGAGAUGAUAGGGGCCCAUCAAGGGGAUUUGAUAGAGAUGAUAGGGGCCCAUCAAGGGGAUUUGAUAGAGAUGAUAGAGGCCCACCAAGGGGAUAUGACAGGGAUGAUAGAGGCCCACGAGGUUAUGAUAGAGAUAGGGGAUAUGACCGCGACAGAGGGUUUGAUAGAGGUGGCCAGCGAGACGACUGGAAUUCCAGAAGAGAUUAUGAUGACAGGGGCCCCUCAAGGGGUUAUGAUCGUGAUGGGGGACGCGGAUUCAGAGACCGAGGGUAUGACCAUGGAGGAGACCGAGGGGGGGAUAGAGGCUUUGACAGGAGGUCCAGGGAUCGAUAUGAUGACAGAGGUAUUUACAUGGGAUUUGGAUCUGGUUUUAGAAGAGAUGACAGAAGAGAUGAUGGUUAUGACAGACCUAGGCAUGACAGACAGAGAAGUCCUGAAGCUAGAGAGAUGCCUGCUGAGCGACCAAGGUUAAACUUACAGCCCAGAACCAAACCAGUAGAAAAUGAAAGUAAAAAGAAUGAGGAGGGUGCCCCAGAAAAGAAGGCCUCCAUCUUUGGAGCAGCCAAGCCUGUAGACACGACGGCCAGGGAGAGAGAGAUCGAGGAGCGGCUGGCCAGACAGAAGCUGGAGGACUCUCGAAGGACCGAGGAGGAGAAAGAAAAUAGAAACAUAGAUAGAGAUAAUAGACCUCGCAGGGAUAGCGAGAAUUCUCAAGAUGGAAAUAGACGUAACUCACACGAGGGCAGCAGACGAGAGCGGAGACUCAGCAGCAACAGCUCAAACAAAGGAGGACGCUCAGGUCCUUCACAUGGGCGGCCCAGAAAAGACAGUGAAAAAUCCAACCACUCGCAGGAGGUGUUCUCAGGUGGGGAGGAUAGUAGGGAGGAACCCAAGAGUCCACUGUCUCCCGUACACAGAGAGGAUCCGGUGAAACUCAUGCCAGCCCCUCCCCCCACAGUUAACGCCUGGGCGAAACGGAAAAGUGAAUCAGCCCAGAAACAAGGCCCGCCUCCUGAUGACAUAAAGUCUCCUCCCAAGUCCUCACCACAGAGCAAUUCCCAAGUCCCUGCCAAGAGUGAAUCUAAGUCAAAUCCUACACCAGCAGAACCUCCAGUUACAAACGCUUGGAGCAGAGGCAAACCAGCAGACCUAAAGCCUUCUGAAUCCUCCAAGAACAGCACACCUUUGAAACGACCAGAUGAGAGAGGCAGUUGUGCAUCGGGCGCGGUUAGAUCAAAAAUGAAUUUUUCUGUAUUUUUUGCACCUCCUAUUGUUCAUCUAUGGCCCCAGAAUAAUUCAAACAACCAAUUUAUUUACUAUAUUUGCGGAGGAAUUGCUUUGAUAUACUUCCUGGUAUUGGUUAUUGCGUCCAUAUCAAGGAGAAAUGAGGCAUGCAUUUUGGUCAUUCCUCCAAAUGAAACAUUUCAUGAUGAGCACCUACUACAUAAAUACCUGCUGGAAAUAAAGACAUCACUAAAACUUGGUAGUAGUUGUAAUGCUUUGGCAAGAGUUUACAUUCAGUUGGUUGGAAGAAAGAGCUCCAGUCCAUAUUAUCCCGUUGAUGUUUUUUAUUCUGGAAGAUUUCUUUUUCAAAGAGGUUGCAGAGAUAUUUUCUUAUUAAAAGUGUCAGAUAACAUCGGAGAAAUGGAUGUUGUUAACUUCAUAAUAGUCAAGAAUAAAAAAAGUACAUGGACUCCUGAUGAUGUGACAGUGAUGCAUGUAGCAAGUGGAAAAAGAUGGAAAGUCCAUCACAGCAUUACAGAUAUAGACCAAGGUAUUUCACAUGCUGCUGGAGGAGAAAACCAAAGCAUUACAUCGAAUAAAAGAAGAACUUUUGGUCAUUAUUGGCAGUUGCUGAUGAUGUACCACAUGUGGCUAUCUCCUUUGACCACACCCAUUAGAUAUGGUGCCUACACCACCAGGAUACAUGUCCUUUUCGUUUGUUGGGUCCUUUCCGUUCUGGCCUUAGCGACUUUAGUGUUUUUUAUUGUAACUCCCCAGAAAAAAGACAAUAAUGUGCUAUUUGCCAUUGGCUAUGCCUGUCUUGUUACAGUGUAUUCUAUUCCAGUGCUGGGAUUUAUGAAACUGUUUCUGCAUCUUGUCAGAUCAGGGUCCAGAGAAAAGAUUGGGGAAUACAGAAAAUCACUUCAUGAGAAUUGGAGAGAAGACAACGUAGUGUUGAACAUAAAUAUUCCAGAAGAUAGGCAGGCUGUAAACCAAAAGAGCAAUGUGUUGUCCAAUGUUUCAACAGUGAAUCAAUCACGGUACAAAUAUUUUUCCGAUCAAUUUCACAUGUAUUAUGACAAUGUGUCCAUGGGCAAGCCUUUGUCAUCACAUGGUAACUCUGAGGAUCCUAGUUUCCAAUCUAUUCUAUCAGACAGAGAUGCUGAAUCAAGCAGCCUGAAAUUUUAUCACUUGUCAAGCUCUUCUCUUCAAAAAUCCAGUACUGAAGAAGAAAAUCUGAUGAAGACACCUUCACUCCAAAAGACUGAGACUGAUGAAGAAAUCUUGAUAAAGACAACUUCACUCCAAAGGCCAACUACUAUGGAAAAGGGUUUGAAAAAGUCUUCUUCACUUCAAAAGCCUCACCUUGAGGAAGUGAUUUUAGCAAAGACUUCUUCACUUCAAAAGCCAAGCUCUGAGGAAGAAACUUUGAUAAAGGUCUCUGACAUUCUUCAUGAAAAAUCACAAAAUAAAGUCUCCAUUACCUCUUGCAAACCUCUGAGCAAAAUUGAGGUAGAUAAACCCAAGUCUAAUUCUGUGGAGCUUCUAAUAUCUUCACCAGAGAUGACUGCCAGACAAGUAGCACAAAAUAUUGUGACUUUUGUGAGAAGAGCUUUCCAUGAAGCUGAGGAUGCUACUUUAAGGAAGAAGUACAGUGAAACCAUUGAGUGUGUGCAAAAAUGUUUGGAGGUGCUGUACUUUGUCUUAAAGGAAGAAUUACUACCUCGCCUUAAAUGUGGAAUAAACAAUUCAAAAGGUGAGGAAAUAGUUUUUCUUACUGAAGAUCAACAGAGAAGUGUCAUUUUAAGCAUGAUGAACCUUGUCAUAGAGAGAGUGGCAGUGCAUUCUAACCUCUCCACAGGGAUGGUUUUAAUGAUUUGUGAAGAACUUCUUAGUUAUUCAGGGAUGUGUGAGCGUGACAAACAACAUGCAGUUGUGUCCAGCAGAUAUCAUGAAAAUCCAGUUAAAAAUUUGGAGAAGCCUAUGGAAUCCUUCAUCUUCAAGGUCAUUCAGUCAGCUUGUGAAACAAUUUAUCAAACACCAGUGUGCCUGCACACCAGGCAAUAUCUGUCUAAGCCUUAUUCCCUAAAAAGUGCUAUUCAGAAUGUUAUAGAAGGAGACAUUGCCAAGGAUCAUGCAGUCUACAGUCUGUGUUGUGACAUCAUUGAAGAAGCAGAACAGGAAGUGACAUCAGAACAUCAAGUUCCUGAAAACGUUUAUCUGGAAUUCUGCAUCAAACGGACAAUACUGAGAAGGUUAAAAAAGAUAUGUAACAGUGGGGUUUUGUUACCUGAUGAUGAAACAAAUCUAGCAGAAGUCAGAUCCAGGCUGUACAGAAAAUGGCACCGGGAGGGGCUAGAACAGGAGAUGAUCUACAGUGGACUACUUGCAGAAGUUCUCCUCUUGAAGUAUGCAGAAAGUUUAGACCAGAACGGGGUCCUGAAGUUGUGUGACAUUCUACAGAAUGAAGCUGAUUUCCAGUAUAUGCAGCAGAUGGUCAGAAGGAUACUGAUUAUAGAAAUAGAGAGGAAUUUAGACUUAACUGCAUUUUCCUUUGUUUCCUCUAAAGAAUGCCAGCAAGAUUUCGAAAGUGAAAUUGAAAUUAAGAUGAACAGGACAUUUGUGUCUUUGAGGAAAACUCUCGAGACUUUGACCCCCAGAGUGAUCUACGAAGAACUUCUACAGCGUAGGGGAAGCUUCCUUGUAUCCAGCAUGCUGCAGGAAUUACAACAUGAAGAAAUGUUGAAACAAGCCAUAAAGGACAGUGUUGUCAUUACUGUUGACAGAGAUGAAACAGAUAUGGAACUUGCAGAUAUAAAAGAACUCAAAAAAGAUUUGGUUCCACUUCAACGAUACCUGAAAUUUUUGGAAAGCAUAAAGAUCCACAGAAAACUGUCCUCAACUUUCUUCCACACAUCAUGGAAAUAUCACAACCAUUUCACCUUAGAGGCUUUCCAAACUCUGAUGGAAUCUGCUCUGAUGCUCACAGAAGAUUCCGUGGACAAGACACUAACACCCAAAAUCUUGUACGAACUUGAAUGGGAUAUGACCAAAGAGAACCGCAAACCACUGUCAGGGUACUGGAUGUCUCUCUUUGCCAUUUUUCUGUUAGCCACGACUCUAUUUAGCCUGGUUUAUGUGGUGAUGACUGGUGCACAACUGACGGUGGAACAGGUCACUCAAUGGUCAGCCUGUUUCCUUGUAUCUGUGCUUCUGUAUGGACUAAUCAUAGAAUCGUGUUUAUCCGUCUUCUUGAUGAAUUGAACAAUUAAAUAAAAU